GUGUGUUUGGUGAUUUUGUUAUAGGUGAAAGUUCAUAGGUUAAACGUUCACGGUGAGCUUGAGGUGGCCGUACACCUUGCUGCAGACCAGGAAAGGAAGCCAAGAUGGAAGGAAGGGAGGUGGUGUUGCCGACUGUGUCCCGCGUUGCACUGUGUGGUGGUACCCAUGGCAAUGAGCUGUCAGGAGUGUACCUGGUGAGAGAGCGGCUGAAGAGGAAGGUGGAAGAAGAAGACCACAUCUCCGUGGUGACCGUGAUGUCCAACCCGCGUGCUGUCCAGCAGUGUCGGAGAUACACAGAGACAGACCUGAACCGCUGCUUCACCCAUGCCACCCUUAGUGGGCCUGUGACAGACAAAACCCCCUAUGAGAUAGUCCGGUCCCAGGAGCUGAACACCCUGCUAGGUCCUAAAGGUAGUCCAGAGGCCAUGGACCUGGUGUGUGACCUCCACAACACUACCGCUAACAUGGGCCUGUGCCUCAUCGCCUACUCAGACUGUGACUGGAUCUCUCUUCACAUCUACAGAUACCUGCAGAGACAAAUGUCUGACAUACCUGUGAGGUUCAUUCACUUUGACCUUCCCCUCAAUGAAGCAUAUUCCCUCGAUUCUGUAGGCAAACAUGGCUUUGCGAUUGAGAUUGGUCCUCAGGCCCAUGGAGUAGUAAGGUCCAAUAUUUUAUCCACAAUGCAAGAAGGGGUCCAGCACAUGCUAGAAUGGGUUCACCUCUUUAACUCAGGUACCCAAUUUGAAGGAGGAAAAGUGGAUGUGUACACCAUGCUGAAAAAUGUGGACUACCCAAGAGACUUUGAGACCCACGGUAUUACAGCCGCCAUUCAUCCUCAACUCCAGGAUCGGGACUUCUGCCUCCUCCGACCCAAUGACCCUGUGUUCCAGACUUUCUCUGGAGAGACACUAAAGUACAAAGGGACUGAGCCACUCUAUCCAUUCUUCAUUAACGAAUGUGCGUACUAUGAGAAGGGCAUAGCUCUCUCCCUUGCAAGACAGAGGAGUGUGGGGAUACCAUCCAUCCGAUCGGAGAGAGAAGGAGAACAGGGAAAGAGGAAAAGUUCAGCAGAUGAAAUGGAGGAGGAAGAAGAAAAAAAUAAAGGGGAAAUGGAGGGGGAAGGCUAUCAGAAGCUAAUGGAAUAUGGAGAGGAGAGUGAUUCACUAAAUGGACAACACAACUGAGAGCUAAUUUCAAGUUCUUGAUAUGAAUUGUGGAUUUAAAAAAAAAGUUAUGUAAA